AUGCUGGUUCUCGCUAACAAAAUAGCGGUGUCGCCCCAAGAUCCAGGUCGAUCUUUGAGGGUUCUUUCUACCGAGUCCAAGAGCUCUAGCCGCGAGUACCCCCGAACGAAAAUGGCACAGGUCAUUCCUGGUCUGGACCUAAAGCAAGGCGAGGUUUCUACCGUGUUGUGGCCAUGGACAAUGAUCCCCAGAUCAGCGACGCCCACUUCAUUUGGAACCAGAUUGGGCGAGACUCAAGUGUACGACAAGGUUUCUCCAGCUUACCUCAUUGGACAAGUUCCCAUGUCUCGUGAUCCGUUUCAUCGAGCAUACAUCGUCCAUCAGUUCAAGGCGCAUAUAAAGCCCAACCACGAUCCAUAUCCUGCGCAGGACAGUCGUCUGACCCUGGCAUCGACAAGUACCUACAAUGGCGUUGCGAUACCCAAAGUUGUUAUAUCAUGUUCCGACGAAACUUUGGACUACAAAACGAUGCUCCGCAUCAUUAUCAAGGGAGCCAUGUGCAUUGGAUGGGCAAAAUCACAAGGUCGCCAAUUUGAACAGUGUGCCGCUGGAGCAGCGGGCGGAUCACCCAUGCCUCUCGUCAAUAUCAGGAUUCUGGCAAACGGCCCAUCAACUACAGCGACCGGUUCGUUGGUUCAACUUCGACUACCAAAGACUUCGUUUUGCAGAUACCCUGCCAUCAAAUCCCGAAGUCUCACUAUCACAGACAAACAAUUAUCAUGGAUAGCGAUAAGACUAAGGAGAGCCUCGAAUGUGCCAUCUUUCCGGAAGCUGUACAGCAACAGAUCACGCAGCCAGGCUGCCAACGGUCCAAGUGUCGAGUGGAUGGAGCACUAUCAGCCUGGUGGCAGGUAUCACCACAAGCGCAAAUAUCCAAUCAUGCAUUGCGAUACAUCCAAUAUUCUCGGCAAGUGUCGCCAUGUCAAUACUUGUCGUGGACGAUGCCAGUCUUGCCCCAGAGAAUCACCUUGUGCGGCCCAAGGGAAAAAAUGCAAGCGAUGCAUCUUGUUGUCCCACGCAGACGACGAAGACCCUGGAAAAGAGAACGACGCACAAUCGAAACCGGAUUCUCCUUCCUCGGAGGGCUCACUACGUCAGAAGUUUGAGACCACUGGGCACGCUGAAGAUGAGAACGGAGACAUGAAACUUCCCUGUGGUGAAUUUGAGCGAUCAGAGGGCUCAGAAGUACUGAAGAGCUCUGUGCAGGGAACUGGUCCACGCAUCGCCUAUCACAUAUGGCUGUUCUUCAAGUCACUUGUAGCACGCGGCGUAUCGAUACUGCUAGACGCACUAGCUAGUUCGCCCUACGAUGGCGGAGGAGCUUCAACAGACCUCAGCUAUGUGUAUUCCACCAGGCCAACAUUCAUCACGCGUCCCUGCCACACAGGCUUUCCUGCAGGAUGGAUGCCUCUGCAAGAGGAGAACAAAGACCCAAAGCGCAAGCAAACCGGAUCGGCCGAACCUGUUGCAUAUGUGUUCGCUUCGCCCUACCCAAACAAUUGCGCCCUCGCCGCGAUUCAGAUUCUGACGGCUCUAUCCUCAACGAGCCCCAGAAUGUCACCCGAGAUAGAAAUUUGGCCUGAGCUUGUUACUCUUCCCUCAAUCCUCUCUAUACGUGUCAUGCUCGGUCUCACUAUGAGUCGAAACUCCGGUUCUCCCCAUGGCUUUGGAAGUUAUAUCCAGUCAAAACUACGAGAUGUUACGCACAAAUUGGAGAGGCGUGCUCAGUGGCCCUCAAAUAAUUACACUCCGACCGCCAUUACUCAGACUCGCUCUUCCACACACGCCGGAAGAAUUGAUGAGUGA